AAGGAACGAACGGUGGAACCGCGACUCCCCUACUCUUCUCACCACGUCCACGAGCAAUCGAACGGCGAACGAGAAGGAGUCCUAACGUGAAACCCGCUGGUAGUACUCGUAGCAGUAGUUGUAGUAGUGUCAGUACUAGUGGUAGCAGUACCGGUUCCGGUUCGCGUUGGUAUUAGUGACCACAGACAACAGGACCUUGUCCUGGUUGCAAGAAGGAUUGUGUCCGCAGUUGGCGCUUCCUUGCCACUGAGUCCGGACGUCCCGGAGUAACUGCUGGUGGUGGUAUUGCAGCUUUCCUUGUUGAAGUGUCGAGAUCGAAGCAUUAGGGAUAAGGAUAAUAAGAGUUCUCGAAGGGUUACUGGCAGCACGUGUAGCCUAUUAUAGUUGAUAUUAAGAUUAUAUAUUCUCCCGUUAAAGUGUGCGUGUGAAAGAAGGACAGAGUCAAGAUGGUCGGUCCAAGCUCGCAGGUCAGCAAGCUGCUGCUAUCGUUACUCUUUUUGUUAAUCGUAUUUUUCGUGUGGAUGGACGUAAACCUCUACAUACGCAUCCAGGAUUACCCGAUCCGUGACACCGAUCCGUUUCUCAAUGCGGCCAACAGUAGUCUAUUGCUGAAGGUCCCUGCCCCGGCAGUUGCAGCGAUAGCUGGUGGUAGUCAUCCGAGUACGGUCACUUCACCGCUGCUAGUCGUCCCCUCAUCAUCGAUGCCACAGCAGCAGCUAAGCCGAUACGUCGUACGAUACGAGGACGUGGCAUGGGUGGGCUGUGAUCUGAAUCCCCUCUGCGAUGUGACGGUGAAGGCGAUGAUGCUGGACCACACCAACCACUAUCUGUUUGCCCCGAUCGCCACGAUCACGGACAAUGUGGCCGGCUUCUCGAAGGGUGACCUGGUGACACCGAACAUGAUCUCAUUCUUCCACGUGUUCGUCGCGAUCGCCGCCGGUCGAAUGGUUGCAUCGGAUUCGCUCGGCUAUCGACGGAUCGGGGUGGUACUGUUCCAGUUCCGCACCUUCCUAGACGAUCUCGAUGGACAUGUCGCACGAGCGAAGAAAAACAUUCGCGGUGAACGCUCGGACAUUGGAUCAGCUGGGUACUACAUCGAUGGCAUCUGCGAUGGUCUCGGUUGUAUCGCGCUCAUGAUCGGUGUGUUCGUGUUCCUGAAGAACAAUCCGCCCCGUCGCGGCUACACCCAGCUGCAGUCCAUCAUACCGGUCACGGAGUCAAAAAGCUCGUCCGAAUCGGGUGUCAUCUAUAAGGUGAAGGUGACGACGAAGAAGGUCGCCCGGAAAGUCCUGUGCUAUACCGGCAUGCUGAUGCUGAGCUCCACCGGCUGGAAUCGCUACAUAGCGAUCUACCAGGAUAUGCUGGAGCGGGAAGGUGUCACCCCGACGCAGUACCUGCACCAGGAGUCCGUGUUCCGCUCGACCGGCUUCUUCUGCAUCGCCUGGCUGUGGCGCAUCUUUAACGUGCACGCGUUGCUCCACUUUCUGCUGCUGAGCAUAUUCUGUGAUAAGCUGUGGGAGUACCUGCGCACGGUACAGUACGCCGGCUACGUGGCCCUCCUCGUCGUCAUCAGUGUGGCCGAAAUGCAUCUGCUCGGGGUGCAGACGUUCAUCUACAAAUCACUCACCGCCAGCAACAGCUCGUUGUGAUUGCACUAGUGCGCGGAGGCUAGUUCUGCGCAUUUGCCGCGUUGCUAGCCACGGCGGCACCACGGCGGCCACAACCAGAGCCCUCUGCCCCCCUCCCCCUUGUGCCUGCCGAGUGUAGUAGAUGUCUUGCUGCUUGCCUUCACCCUGUCCUGUCCCAUGUUUUUGGUAAUCAGAUUUAUUUUAGAUUGUUUAUCUUUCGUAUACGCCCGUGUGCUUGUGUGCGCGUGUUUGUGUUUGUGUGUGUGUGUGUUGUGUGAUAGAACACUCUGAUAUCCGUGAAACACAUGCCUUAGCUAGAAUUCUCACUAAAACAAGUGGGAAACCGCAGCAAGCGAUGCGCCAUUGACUGUAAAGCAGAUGUCUAGAUAAACUCGUUGCGUGUAUUCCAACCAAAUAUAUUAAAAAGAGAGAGAUAUAUAUAUACACACACAAAUAUGUAUUAGCAUACACCAGGAGAGUGCGCCUACUUUAGUGCAGGUGAGCAAAGAAACACUUUGGAAAUGAUGUGAUCCUAGGAGGCAUGUUUAAGAGGAAUAGGCAACGCGAUUAACGAUGCAAGAUGCAAGAGAGAUUGACUAAACGAUGCUGAUACUAUAGUUCAGGAUUCUGCAAAGAUCACGGCAGCGAACAGUGAACAGUGCGCAAGUCACAGCAGAGUAGCCUUUUAAUGAUUAUGUUAACUAAUUAUGUUUUGCUAAAUUUAUUGUACCGAUCGCAACUAACAAGUAGAACCAGUAACACUAGAGACGUGUGUGCGUGUGCGUGUAUGUUUGUAUAUUGUACAGUGUGUUUUGUUGAUCACACAUGCACGCGCGCAUACACAUCACGCUGCGAAUCCGAGACAGAGAGCUAGAGUGAAUCUACUACUAUUGUGUUGAGUCCACGUGUGCCCCCCUAUUUUAGAAGUAAGAGUCAAGAGAUUUCGGGGAACGGUUCCCUGUUAUUUGUUAAAUUUAUCGAACAAGUAUAUUUGUUGCUUGAACUAGUGAUGGAUUUGAGGCGUUGCAAAUGAAGCGCGAAAGUGGCUCCGGCGCAGUGGCAGAACGGUGGUACCAAGAACAGAGAGUGACAAUAGUUUCAUACACGGUUCAUAUACUUUAAAAGUAAACGAAUAAUAAGGGCUACAUUUCAUUUCAUUUAUGCCUUCCACCCUUCUCCUCCCUUAUUGCACUAAGUUGUUCCUCUUGCCUUCAGGUAGCCCAGGUGUAUGUGGCGAUGGUCGGGGAUCGCUGUCCGAGAUCGGUUGUGGAUUUCUGAUCUGUUUAUUGAUGUUAUCAUCUUUCGAUGGAAAAUAAAAGAAUGCGGAUGUAUUAUUAGAAAA